AUGAUAGAUAGGGGUUAUCUUGCAUUUGAACCAGGUUGCUACAACUUGCAAGAGCUGAACAAUGAGAGGAGAUUUAACGUAGCGACUACUCCUUCUCCGUCGGAUCUGGGAUUAAAAUUAGGAUUGGGCAUCGGAUUGUCACUUGGAGUUCUUCUCAUCAUCAUUGUCGUCGUCGUAGCUAUCCUAGUCAUUUGGCUGCAGCGAAAGAACAAUAAUAAUAAUAAUUUAAUUUAUGUAGAUUUAGUAUUUCCGCCGAAGAAUCGUCUAAUAGUCAACGAUGUGAACAAUAACAUGGAAAGCGGAAAGGAAAAUAAUAACUUUGUCAUCCUCAACAACAACAACAACAAUAAUAACAACAACAACAACAACGAUAAUAAUAAUAACAAUAACAAAAAUAGUACAACUGAUGGCGAUGAGACUUUGCCGAAUGGUGGUCAGGGGUGUUCAUUUGGCACGGGCCUCUAUUUUAAGGGGUCUCUAAAAAAGCCGCGGGCUUGUAAAGAGUGUGUAAAGUGA